CUGCUGAGUGGGCACCACCCAACUGCACUCCAGGGUCACGAGGGUCAGUUUCUCUCUCAGCAGUAUUUCAAGGUCCUAAAUGACCAAGGCCUGGCUUCAUGCUAUUUUGAACAGUGGUUUAAAUACUUUUGAACAAAGGGAAUGGUUCAAAUAGCUUUUGGUAUCAGUCAUUGUUCAAAUAUUUGCUAUUCACUUGAUACAAAACUUAGAACAGCCUCUGCUUUCAGAAGUUACAGUGUGAUGGGGGAAAAAAAAUAAAGUAGUGGGAGGGGAGAAGAACAUGGAAACAUUGACAAAGCCCUGUUAAACAGUCCUUAGAACACCUGUGAGUCAAACUCGCCUGCCAGAUCCCAGCAGCACUCGGAAGGGAAUUCAGCCAGGUGAGGGGAGGCUGGCUGGCAGGCCUGCGGGAGCACUUCCGGAGGCUCCUCGCUAGCUGAGAGCCUCGGGGUGCAUCUCUGAGGCUGUCAGUCAAGGUCAUCGUCAUGGAGAACGACUGAUAGAUGUGCCUCUGAAGGAACCAAGCGUUCAUGUGGGACUUGGCACGGGAGUAGCCAAUUAGUAGGGACCCGGGGAAGGUGGUUAGGCGUGGGGAGCUGGGGGGGAGGACCAGAAACCUCCUUCACUGGAAAACCGGGUGGGGGUUCAGCCCAAGCGCAACGCUGGAUGUGAUGCUUUGUGGGGCGGGGGGCGGGGGGGAAUCAGGCCGUCCUCCCAGGAGAGAAAAAGGAAAAUGCUGAUUUUCUUUGUGGAUCAGAGGCUCGUGGACGUUUGGAUCUUGACAAAAGUAAACCCUUAAAGUAAGAAAGUUAGAAAGGGAGGCGUGCCUAUGAAAAACACAUGGGGUGGAGAAACGGGAGUCCAGGGCAGGAAGCAGGCUGCAAAGGCUAAACUUCAAGGCUGAAUCACGAGACAGGAUUCCGCCACACCGCCAGGACCCUGACUGCCAGCGAUGCAUGCUGCGACCUUUGCAAUAAACAGAAGGCUGCUCUGUGAAGGGCACGGGGUGUUCCAGUGAGUCCCUCACGUCCCAGAAUCAGGAGACCAGCUGGGGGAGGAAGCAGAGGCCACAGGGCAAGAGACAAGAUCCCUGGAACUGACAGCCCUUCCCAUCUUCAGACCGGGCUGGUGUCCCUUUGGGGAUAAGGGAAGACUUUCCGAAGAGCUCAUGGGCCAAAAGGAACCAAUUUCCAGAACCUCAAUUCACGCUUUUAGGAAAACAGCGUCCCUGAACACACAUCUGUAGUCGAGUGCUGGGCUGCUUUCUCAUCUUCCUCUCCACAGUCGCCCUUCUCCCACUUUCAAAAGGAAAUAUCCCCCCAAAAAACAGGGAAAUAUCUCGACUGUUAGUAGAAGACUUUUCACCAGCACACAGAACAGCCAGGAUAUCACAGACAGAAAAAUAAUUUCAUAAACAGGUGCUGAAAAAGUAAACGACUUUCAUGACUUUUUUUUUAAUGACUUUUUUUUAAACAAACUGAUUUUAUAAAAUGAAUGAAUACAUGCUAAUGAAUGAAUAUAAGCCUAGAAAAAUAUUUAACUCAGGUGGGACUCUUUCCACAAAAUGGAGAGAGGAUCUUUCAUUAUUAAGAGCUGACUGGCGCUCUGGGACCACCUAGAAGCUUGGGGUGGCGCGCGGGGUAAGAGGGAGGUUCAAGACAGAGGCAACACGUGGACACCUACGGCGGAUUCAUGUUGUACGGCAGCAGCCGGCACGGUACGGUACAGCACGUAUCCUCCGGUUAAAAGAAAAUUUUAAAAAACACAAUAAAAAGCAAAAUUAAGAAUGAUUUUUGACGACACGUCACUAUGGGAUUCUCGGCACUAAGGAGCUCGAUGGAUUCAGUGACGUCACCAUAACAAAGCUCCUUCUGUUCCCAUUUAUUCAUCUAUGUUAACGAGGUUUCACAGAAGUUGCCGCUUCAGGUAUAACAUAUCUACCCGGGAUUACUGCCAUGAGUGGACAAGGUACUUACAUAGAUCCUUGUGAGCUGGUCAGACUCUCCUAACGUUGUCUCCUGGAAUCAGCCAUGGAGAAUCCUUUUCCCAGACGCGUCUGGGUGGGUUCUUCGUGUGCUGUGUGGGGCUCCGCUGGCAGCAAGGUCUGGACCCAGGCAGGGAGUCCUGCCCCUCAGUCAGACGGUCAGCACCAGGCCUGACUUCAGACAUCCUUCACGCACAACCUUGAUUUUGCUAUCGAGGGAUCAGAGGGCUAGAGGGAGGAGACGCCGAAGCUAAGAGAACCAACAGGCACCAGAGCCAGACCCAGAAGCAGGUCUCCGUCCGUCCUGUCCCCGGCUCUCCCUUCAUCGCCUGUCCUGUCACAGCAGGCGGGACAAAGAUGAGGCUGUCGCACGUUCUUCCGUCAAGUUCAAUGCUUUUCCCUCCGUGUCCUCUGUACAAGCUGCUAGGCUUGGGUGAAGAUGUUGGUGAGGCGUCCCUGGGCUUGAUCUGCAGAACUUUAGCCCAAACUCUCAACAAAGAAGGAUUUGAGGAACAGAAGAGAGAGGAAAAUGUGGGGAAGAAAGGAAGGAUUCAGCCUGUCCAGUCCUCCUAUGGAGAAACGUCCUGGAGGACAGACAAGGAAGCCCCAAAACACCAUGUACAGUCUGAUUGGUCUCCGAGGUGACAUUUAACUCAGUAGAUUCUCAGAGGACAAAAUGGUUAUGGUAUAGAGGAGGGGGCGCCCGGAGUGUGUUUAAGAACAAGAUAGAAUGUAGUCAUACAUGCCACAACAUGGGUGAGCCCUGCAAAAACUAAGUGAGGCCCCAAAGACCGUCGAUUGUGUGAAUCCUAUGACAUGAACUAUCUAGAGUAGGCAAAUCCAUAGAGCCAGAAAGUAGAUUAAUUGUUGCCAAGGGCUGGGGGAAGGGGAAAACAAGACGUGGCUGGUAAUAGUUAACAGAGUUUCCUUUCUUUGGUGAUGAAAGUGCUCUGCAAUUAAACAUUAGGGGUGGUUGUGCAAUGCUAUGAAUAGACAAACCACCACUGGUUUCUACGCCUUUAAAUAGUGAGCUUUAUGAUGCGUGAAUUACAUCUUCAUUUUAAAAAGGUCAGAAUGAGGGCUUCCCUGGGGGUCCAGAGGUUAAGAAUCUGCCUGCCAACGCAGGGGACACCGGUUCAAUCCCUGGUUCAGGAAGAUCCCACGUGCCGCAGGGCAAGGAAGUCCAUGCACCACAACCACUGAAGCCCACUGCCUAGAGCCCGAGCUGCCCCGAGAAGCCCCCGCACCACACAUAGAGAGGAGCCCCCGACUCCCCACAGCCAGACAGAGCCCAGGCACAGCAACCAGGACCCAGCGCAGCCAAAACAAAUACCAAAUAACUUUCUAAAAAGGAUAGAAUGAAAUCAUUGCCAAAUAGUCAUGAGCAUUAUGUAUGGAUAUACUCACAAUAGAGUGGGGGAAUGACCUCAUGUUUAUUGAUAACCUACUGUGUCCCACACAUUCAAAGGUUUUAGAUUUGUAUUUUCAUUUCCACCAAAGAGCAACCCUGAGAAGUAGACUUCUUUUCCCUCCUUUAAAGAUAAGAAAAACAAGGCUCAUGAAUAUAGCUUCUCCAAAGAGAUACCACCAGUUAGCGGCACAGUCAGAAUUAAGACAGGUCUGUCUGGCUUCAGCGCCCAUGUCCUAUCCACUAUGACGUGAUACUUGCCAUUAUUUCUUUUUUUUUUUUUAAUAUUUGUUUAUUUGUCUGGCUGUGCCAGGUCUUCGGUGAGGAGUAUCUGAUCUUUAGUUGCAGCAUGCAAACACUUCGGGGAAGCCUGUGGGAUCUAGUUCCCAGGCCAGGAUCCAAAACUAGACCCCUGGCCUUGGAAGCAUGAAGUCUUAGCCACUGGACAACCAGGAACGCCUCCCGAUUUCUUCUUGUAGACGAAGACACACUCACUUGAUGUUCACCCGCAAUGCACCUUGCACACGCACGGGUGGACACGCUUGUAAUACUGUCUGAGUGAUGGUCAGUUGUCACCUCUGCAGAUGACGCCUGGAGAACUAGCCCUUGCCGCUGGAAACUACACCCCCGUCACCCACUUCAUCUUGCUGGGAUUCUCCAAUGACCCAGACCUCCAGAAGCUUCUCUUCGGAGGCUUCCUGCUCAUCUACGCCAUGACCGUGGUGGGCAACCUGGGGAUGAUGGCGCUCGUCCUCACGGACUCCCACCUCCACAGUCCCAUGUACUUCUUUCUCAGCGUCCUCUCUUUCCUCGAUGUCUGUUACUCCUCGGUGGUCACACCCAAGCUGCUGGUCGACCUCCUGGCCUCUGACAGGUCCAUCUCCUUCAAGGGCUGCGUGGUCCAGAUGACCUUCUUUGUGAUGCACGCCACAGCUGAGAGCUUCCUGCUGGCUUCCAUGGCCUACGACCGCUGCACGGCCAUCUGCCGACCUCUCCACUACGGCUCUGUCAUGACCAGGGGCACCUGUCUCCAGCUGGUGGCUGCUUCCUACGCUUUCGGUGGAGCUAAUUCUGCUAUUGAGACUGGGAAUGUCUUUGCCCGGCCUUUCUGUGGGCCCAACCAGGUACCACACUACUUCUGUGAUGUCAUACCCCUUCUCCGCCUGGCCUGUGCAAACACAGCCGUGGCAGGAGUGAUCCUCUAUGUCUUCUCUGCCCUGGUUCUCCUUCUGCCUGUUUCCCUCAUCCUCACCUCCUACGGCCUGGUCUUGCUGGCCAUUGGGAGGAUGCGCUCAGCAGCUGGGAAGGAGAAGGCCCUCUCCACGUGUGCCUCCCACUUCCUGGCCAUUGCCAUCUUCUACAGCACUGUGAUUUUCACCUACGUCCAGCCUCAUGGAUCCACUGAUGAUUCCAGUGGCCAGGUAGUGUCUGUUUGUUACACCAUCAUAACCCCCAUGCUCAACCCCUUCAUCUAUAGCCUCCGCAACAAGGAGGUGAAGGAGGCCCUGCAGAGGAAGCUCCAAGUCAAUAUCUUUCCCUGCUGAGCCCGGCAAGGCUGUUGGAAUGAGGAAGGCAUCAGUCAGUUCUGUCACUCAGUCGUGUCCGACUCUUUAUGCCCCCAUGGACUGCAGCACGCCAGGCCUCCCUGUCCAUCACCAACUCCCAGAGUUUGCUCAAACUCAUGUCCAUCACAUCAGUG